GUGUUGUUGGGGCGGAGAUUCAGCGCGACCCGGACAGUGUCGUGGGCGAUCCGGUUCUUGAUUGGGGUUGAUUUGAUCGUGUGUGCCCGGGAAACACCAUUGCAGUGACCUGCUCGUUCGGCCGACCGUGUGCUCGUGGUGCUUGACCUCUUGAGGUCACCGCCAAGGCAAGCGGAAUGUUACCACACUACCAGGACGAUGAGGGUGAGCUCAAGGGCCAUCCGCGCCGUGGCUGCUGCGCAGGUUGCCGGCAUUUCAUCAGUUCAGUCUUCAGUAACGGCGAAUCGCGCAGCAUCUUUUUUUUCCUGAUUAUCAACCUUUCCUUCGCUUUUGUUGAACUCUUCUACGGCAUUGCCACCAACAGCCUGGGGUUGAUUUCAGAUGCCUUUCAUAUGUUCUUUGACUGCACGGCAUUGGUCGUUGGUUUGGUAGCCUCGGUCAUCUCGCGCCGACCUGCCAAUGAGCGCUUCUCCUUUGGAUACAAGCGAGCAGAGGUACUCGGCGGUUUUGUCAACGCACUUUUUCUUGUGUUCAUCGCCAUUUUCGUGCUCAAGGAGGCUGUUGAGCGAUUUUUUGACCCGCCUCAUGUUCACACCCACCGACUGGUGGCGGUAUCCGUGGGGGGGCUAGUGGUCAAUUUGAUUGGCGUUGUUGCGUUUCAGCAUGCCCAUUCACAUGGGCAUGGUGAUCAUGGUCACAGCCACGGUAACCAUGGUUUUGAAGAUUUACACAAUGUCUCCGGUCAUGACCACGACCAUGGCCAUGGUCAUGGCCACGGUCAUGCACAUGAUGAGGGUCGCCAUGGCCACAAUCAUGGUAAUGGUCAUGCACAUAGCCACGAUAGCCAUGCUCAUAGCCACGGCAGCCAUGCUCACGGCCACGGGCAUGGCCAUGAAUCCCAGAAGCAUCGUAGCUUUGUUCUGGAUGGGGUGCUCCUGCAUGUGUUGGCUGACACCAUGGGCUCGAUUGGGGUCAUCAUUUCUUCGCUCUUGAUCCACCAGUAUCAGUGGAUGAUCGCUGAUCCAAUUUGCAGUAUCUUCAUCUCUGUCUUAAUUUUUGUGAGCACAUGGCCGCUGCUGCGCGACUCCUUCACAAUCUUGAUGCAGCGCACUCCGGCUAAACUGGAUGCCGAACUCUACACGUGUUACCGACGAAUCAAUCUUGUUGAUGGCGUAAUUUCGUACAAGGAUCCUCAUUUCUGGUCCAUGUCUGGUGAUUAUAUUGUCGGAACCAUCACCAUUGUGAUCAAAACUAAUGCUAGUGAUACUCCCAUCCAGUCUGCUGUGCAUGAUAUCUUCCGAAAGGUGGGGGUCACCCAGAUGACGGUACAGAUUGAGCGCUUUUAAUUAGCCGUGGGUUUCCAACUUUUUCUCGUGACUGCGAUGUUAGUUUGGUUGAUAAAACGAGCUGUUAUUUCCACUGAGUCCUUGACAGCAUGCCCGUGACCGGAAAUUAGUCGAUCAAAGACGG